CACAAUAGCCAUACAAAUGAUCCAUGGAUUCCUCAAGGACUGACCCAUCACAGAUCACUGGAGAUGACAGCAGGGAAGAGGGGACAUUGAAGCCAAGGGACUUCUUCUGGGACUCAGCCAUACUUUACAUUGUAUCAGUCAUAUUGGCCCUAUCAGUGGUUGAUGCUAUAUCAGAAUACAUCAAGGGAAGCAGUGUUGUUUGUGAUGUGAGAGAGAACGAUCCUGCCUCUCCUGAAUACAUUAACUCUUAUUGUACAAAGAGUCUCCCUAUCACGGAGCUGCUACCAGCUUUUGUAUUCAUACAUGGUCUAAUAAUUGCUAUUCCUCACUAUCUCUGGCUUGCUACUUUCAGUGGCCAAUUUGAUUAUUUCUUUUCAAUUGUCUCCAAUCUUGACAGACAAAGGGACGAGUACACUGGUCGAUAUUCUGAACGAAGUUCCAACCUGGUACAUCAACUGGAGCAAUCCUUCACUACAUAUGGUCGAAACACCAUUUACUAUCUGUACAUAUGUAAACUGACCCUUCAGUUUGUCUUUGUGUUAGGAUCCCUUGUACUCGCUGUAUUUUAUUUCACUGAUUUUGAAGUUGUGUUUCGAUGCCCAAGAGACAAUGCUACAGUGAGUAAUGACCCAUUCUGGCCUCUAGAGAGACAAGUGACUUGUAUCUUUACGUCACUGAAGCUUCUCUUUUGGGUACGAGUGGCAGAUAUCAUUCUAAUCUGUCUUCUACUUCUCUCUUUGCUGUGGGGGCUAGGCUGGUCCUUUGCUGGUCAUCCUGUUGAAUUAGGUGCUAAAAGUGUGGCCGAGUUCUCUUUCAAUUCUGGAAUAAACUCUCGUUUUUAUGUUGCUCCUUUCUCUCGUUUUAGUCGAUGUAACAAGUGCCUGGCGACUCUCUUCUCUUGGCUACCAUGGCGAUUCAGAUCACCCGGGGUGAUGACAGAUUUGGAUUUCAUGUUGCUCAAACUGUAUCGUACUAAUGCUGGACUAGGAUCAGUCUUUAAAGAGAUACAGGUUGAGCUUGAACUGAAGAGACUAAAAGAGAGGGAACAAGAGAUACUGACAUUGCAUAGAAAUAAAAUUGAUACUGUGAAUGACAAAGAGGGUGAACUGUUUUGGACAUUCUCUAUCAAAGACAACAAGACCCCAUACCAAUCAUUUAAAACAAUUGACAGAUCAACUAGCAUUGAGGUGCCAGGCUCAGUGAGAGGUGCAAUAUUAGGACUCUCUGCAUAUUCUCCUACUAAUAAAGGAGCUUUGUGUAUCAGUUUUGGCAGUGAAUCUGGUAUUGGGGAAGCAUUGUCACACGUCUUUGAUCGAGUUGGUUUUGUAAAAUUUACACGUUACAAUAAAAAAUUAGAUGAAGAUGUAUCAGGAGCUGACAAAACACAAAAGAUCAUUGAUUUGCAAAUUUACGUUUCUGCAUAUGUAAGCGUGACUCUACCAUCAAACAUUCUAUCAUUGAGCAUCAACCAUAAUAUUGAGCUCUUGUCAAGCAUUGAGAAGAUUUGGAAGGUGAAGAUGAAGAGUGGAAAGAGAGAGCUGGUAUUAACAAAAAAGACUUCGUUCAUUGUUAUUGGGCCUAUGGAGAAAGAAGAAGAAGGAGUGACAAUGACUCACUUUCUGAAGCGUAUACAGGAUAACUUUGAGAAUGGUUGUAUAUUGUGUACAAUGACUCCUUUAAGAAUAUCAGGAAAGAAAAUGACACACAGAGACUUUAUUAAAUGGUCGCCUCCAGAAAAUUUCAGUGAGCAGCAAUUGGACAUAAAGACAAUUCAAGACUCCAUUCCAUGGCCUCCCACCCCAAUAGUACAAGAGAAAAGAAGCAAAGCUGUCAUAGGGAGCUCUUCACAGCAAGAAACCAUUGAUCUUGAGUCACUGGUGAAGGAGAAAUCAGAGGAAAAGCAAGUUGGGGAGAUAGAAGAAGAAACAGAAAAGAAGACAAUGAAAAGAAAUGUUCAGCUGAAGAAGCUAACAUGUGGCAGCUCUACUCAAAUAGGCCAGUUUGAAAUAGCUACAUAUGUAUACACACCACCAGUUGAGCCAGCACCAGUAGUAGCUCCUACUAGUAGAGAAGGAGAAGGAGCCAAAGAUCAAGAAUCAGGAAAACAACCUAAAACUACCAAUGAAGAACAAGCCAAAGAGAAUGAGAAGCUGCUUGUAACAGCUGAACUUCAUUAAAGUAAAGUAGAACUAUUGAGACUAAAAUUUUUACUGAUUGAAAUGAUUCAUUACUUAAUUCACAUUGAUGUUUUUAAAAGUGCUACAAAAGUACAUCUUAUC